GGAUACUCCAGAGCUAGAUGCGAGCGUGGAAUUGUUGCGUGAACGCUUCUUGCUAACCAAGAGGGCUUGCUUGGCUUCUCCAGUUAGAUCCCUGACCACCAGAAGAUGUGCAACCUAAAGCUGUCAGUUUUCUUCAUUGCACUUUCUGCCACUCUGAGCUGUUUGGAAGCUACACCUAUCGAGAGAGUUAUUCAAGCUCACAAUGUUAUUGUUGUUCUAAGAUUACUGUCUGUGGCUGAUGAUCUAUCUGAUGAUACUUCCAAGAGACAAGGAUGGAUGUUGCCUGUAAUGUCACAGAAUACACUCUCAGGACUUAGUGAGGAAAUGCCAGAAGAGCCAGCAGCAAAGACAAAAAGCCACCAGCUGGAGAAGAGGAAAUGCAACACGGCCACGUGCGUGACGCAGCGCUUGGCCGACUUCCUGGUGCGCUCCGGCAGCAGCAUGGGGGCCGUCUAUCCGCCCACAAACGUGGGCUCCAACACGUAUGGAAAGAGGGACACGGAGGGGCUGGUGAGCAGGGAACCCCAAAACCGUGCACAGCUUUAGGGCGUUGAGGUGGCUGCUGGCACUAGAAGUUUUUAAUGUAUCGACACCCUCUCGGUGGUUUAUUACCUGUACAGUCUUACCAGUGCCUUGUUUUCCCUGUGUGUGUGUGCGGGGGUGAUUUUUGUUCAUCACUCCGUCGUGUGGUUUGUGUUCAUCACUUGUGUUCAUGCGUGCACGGUGACGUGCAUAGGCCGUUCUCUCAACUCCAUCAAGAGCUCCCGAAACCUGC